UAAAGGCAUGCGCCACCCCCUCCCGGCCGUGAGUCAUCUCUUUAGAGUGAACUUUAGAACAGUAAGCAUUUGCAGCAGAAAUCCUAACAGAACUAGGGACUGUGUAGUUCAUGCUCAUAGCCUGACCUGGUUCUUAAUAGAAUGCUGGAGAACCAGGAUUCCCUUUAGGUCACUAGGGCAACAAGGCCAAGUAACCAGUAGACUCCAGUACCAGGGUCAUUGUUGGAUGCCUAAAUGUUGCUAUAACUACUGAAACCUUGGUGACCAAACUAAACAGAAAGGAGAGCCUUCCCAGUAGCCUCAGAAACACCAAACAUGUCUGUAGAUAUGUCUGCGGAAAAGAUGACAAAAGUAGAAGAGAAUUUGCAAAGAGCUGUGGCACUUAAGAAGAUGGUCAACAGGUGGCAGAAUUCACAUACUCACUGUAUGUGGCAGAUGACAUUAAGCCAGCGGAGGAACCUGUAUGCUACGCUAAGGAUGCAGGGCGAUAUGGAACAGGAGUUAGCCCUGUCCAACAAACAGCUGCUGACGGUCCGUCAAGAUGCCUUACACCAACUGUUUGCAAAGGAGCAUCAGCAGUACCAGCAGGAGCUCAGUCAGCUGGGCAAAGCUUUUUAUGAGGAGAGACUGUGACGCUGCCCAGACACUGCUCUUCAUCAUGCCUGCCAACCCGCCUCUAGUCUCUACCACAAGCUUCCCAAAACACAUCUGGACCUGGGAUUGUUGCUUCUGAAAACAAGAGUGACACCUUGUGGUCAGGGUGGGAUGUGCAGCGUUGUAAGAGGAGAGAAUGAACAAUGUCUGGUUUAAAGAAAUCCUGAUUUGGUUUAACAAAUAAAGAUUUAGAUUUAGA